AUGAGCACUCGUGGGGAUGUAAUUCCUGAUUUCAGUUUCGCCGGUUAUCACAACUCUGCAAUCAUCCUACCUGAUCUCGAAACCCCCAAUAUCACGUUGUCGUUUAACAGCAGUACUAAUGAUGUUACGUCGUUGAUACAAGAAGCCAUUGACAGCAUUUCAUCUUCAGGCGGUGGCUCUGUCAUUCUCCCAGGAGGUAAAUGGCCCAUUACUGCAGGCUUGAACGUUAGCAGCCAUGUUGUCAUUUCCGGAUCUCCUGAUGAACAAACAGUCCUGAUACUACAGGACCGACCAUCCGUGCCCGUCUUCACACUUGGCGCUUUGGGAAAUGCUACCAAGCCCCGGUAUGGUUUCAGAUCAAAUAUUACCAACAAGUAUGUUCCCAUAGGCUCUUCUGCUGUUGAAGUCGCCGACAGCAGCGGGUUUGCAGUGGACCAACUUGUCUACGUCUCAAGAGAGGCCACCGAGUCAUGGAUCAGGUACAAUGGAAUGAGCAACCUGGAGCGAGAUGAUGCAUCGCAGACUUGGAUACCAGAAAACAAGAGAAUCCUGUCACCGAACCAGAUCAGUGGUGUCUACGGGACCAAUAUUACCCUCAAGAUACCCUUGACAGAUAAUUUUGACUCCAAAUAUCUCCAACCACAGCUCAUAGUUUACCAACCUCCUGAAACCAAAAUGGAGAUGGGUGUGCGCGAUCUUCAGAUCGAGGUCCCCGACACUUGUUCUGGGGCAUCUAUGGAUGAUCAAACAUGCAACUCCGCCGCCGUCUACUUUCCGUCUUGGACUGUAGAUAGUUGGGCCAGCGGUCUCACACUCAAGGGAUUCAACAAAUUCUUCCAGGUUGAUCUAGAUGCUGCUAGAAUCACAAUCCAGAACACCACCAUGAAUCGUGAUCGAGAUAUCGAGGGAAGUGCUCUUCCCUUUGACAUCCUCAUUCAAGGAUCACAGGUCCUUGUCCAAGACUGUGAGCAAGUCGGCAUCCCCUCAGCAAGAUGUUUCUCCGUUGCCACAGAGUCCCUCACAUCCGGCCCCAAUGCUGUUUUGCGUCAUAAGACCAAAUCCAAUGUCCAAACCAUAUAUCCUCAUGAGAGGUGGGCUCAAGGUCUGUUGGUAGAAGACACUUCAGUCCCAACGUAUUUCGUGAACCGCGAUAUCAAGGGCUCGGGUCAUGGGUGGUCAAUCAAUGGCGGUGUUGGCUGGAACCUCAACGGAAGUAUUAUUGAGUUUGAAUCUCCGCCACUAGGUAUCAACUGGUGUAUUGGCUGUGGAGAAGAUGGCGAUAGUCCGAAGGGUAACGCUACCUUCAUGGAGUCAGGGAAGAGAGUGAGUCCCAAGAGCUUGUUCACGUCGCAGCUCGAGAACAGAGGGGUGUAUAGAUAUGCUGAAGAUGGAGGCUGA